AUGGGCGAUUCGCGAAUUCAGACCCAUGAUAGCAGCGAGUACAAGCAGCAGCUAAUAUCCCUCAAAAACUCGACGAACUCGUUUUUUGUCUUUGUUAAUGAUUGGCGACUGGCAAUUGCCUCCUCUGAUCCAGACAGACAGUCACCCUCGACCGUCAUAAUUGGGAAGCAAGUCGGAAAUUUUGUCAAGGCAUACGAUACCGGAAUCGACGCUGCUCAGACGGGGCAUGCUGUUGCCCAGGAAGGGAUUGGUUUAGUCGAAAAAAUCCACCUGGCAAGCGAGGACGACAUCGCUAAAUACCUCGAGCAGAUGAAGAGCUGUGCAUCCACGGGAGCGAAGGAGGCAGAAGAAACAGCUCGGGAAUUUCGAAACGUGCAAAGAGGGAUCAAAGAUGCUAUCAAGGCAAACAAAGGUGUCGACAGGCUAAAUGGGUUGGAAAACAACUUUGACACCGUUCUGCAUAACCUGGAAGAGUGUAUCAACAUGUUUAAGCGCUGGUGGACCAAAACCGGCAUGGUGCAGAAUCAUCAAGAUGAGAAACUCGGCGAGAUCACCUAUCUCAAUGCCAGGGAAAAAAUCCCCACUACUAUGCCGACAUGGCUCGAGCUCCGGGACGCUUACGAGGACUAUGUAAACAAGAUGAAUUAUGUGAGAGACGCAAAUGCGGAAGCGUUUUCGUAUGCCCUCACUUUUGUCCCUAAGGACUGGCUGGAGUCUAGGUCGGUAACUAGGGCCCUUUCAAUCGAUUAUAAUCCGGCGAAGGUAAACGUCGUGCCAGCAAACGUGGAGAAGAAUGCAACGAGUCAACCAGCCGCUACUGCCACUAUUCCAAUCACGCAAUCUACCCCUUCACGGCAGACACCACCAAGCGAGGCUGGAUACAUCAAGACCUGCAUGAGCGAAAUCGGAUAUGCCGUCCACUCCACAGACCAACCUCCAACUUAUCUCCAAUCAACUUCGCUCCAGUCUCCAAAACCCUGGCACCCUAAGCUAACACCGUAUAGGCUCGCGGUACUUGUCACUACAGUUGGAUUUGGAACCGCGAAGGCGAUUGCGACACAGAACGGAGGUGCUAUAGUCUCCACCACAUUGGAAUGGGUCGCUGGGACUCUUCUCUCGGUAAUUGCUUAUGACUCGCGAGAGGAUGUACCAUCUUACUUGACGUGGCUAUUCAAGCCAGACUGCAUGGAUUUCGUCUGGAAAUUCUUUGCUUUAUUCUCAAUAAAUCGCCCUGAAUAUGUCUCCGAUGAGGCGCCUGGAGAAUUAAACGCUUAUAUGCGCUCGUCAAACCCUGAUGUUACUCCCUAUCGUAUCCUUGUUUGCAGUGCGGUUACUGCGUUUGGACUGUCGAAGGCUAUGCUAGGAUACGCAAACCAAUCGACUGCGGCGACAUGGACAGACUGGACUAUAGCCGUGCCAGUGACUACAGUGCUAUACAUCUUGGGGCUUUAUGAGUAUAACUCAUCAAAUAUUUUCCCGGGAUUUUUUAAUAGAGACCAGUCAGAAAUUCUACAUUCAGGUAUAGCGCUUGCAUCGGCCUGGGUUGCGCUGUGGACGUACAUUCUCUAUCAGUUCACGUUCGAUCCCCAAUGGAAGUUCGGAUCUCUACCAGAGGACAGAAGCCAUUUGACGAUGGAAGCGUACUUCGAGGCAUGGCAGGCCGCAAGCUUCAAGAUCUGGCUACAAGAAUGCUUCUUUGCCGCAAUAGCUCUUGGGGUCUUUGUUCUAUUCCCACUCUUGACCCCUGCGGCGAACAGUGUCAUGAUGUCAGUCGUUCUGCGGAAGAUUUUACGUGUUGUUCGGAGCUUUAUUCUGAGGCUUAUCGUAGACUAUACUCAAAAUUUUAAUCUGGCCGUUCUCCAAUCAGUGGAGACAAGGACAGAGAAGGCGAUGGCGACAGCCCAACUUUCACCAAAUACCCCACUACCGACACAGUCGAAAAAGGGGGUAUUCGCGCCAGGAAACUAUUCUCGGCGAGCAUCGUCCAGCAACGGGUCUUUGAACUCGGGCUUGACACCCCCACAAGGCAUUGGCUAUUCUCCGGGCACACCCACAAACAACACUACACCAACCAGCCCUGCAGGUUCAGGCAUUCCUGCUUUCCGCACCCUACGCUCUCUACUACCUUUUGGACCGAACAAACAUGCCACUGCAUCACCCAAUAACUCUAAGAGCCCUUUCGCGAACUUUGGUUCGGUUAGGAGGUCUAUGACCCGAGAACGAAAAUCGUCGCUUUCAAAUGAUGUUGGAGCCACUGUUAUUGCUAUUGAUAGGGCGAAUGGACCUGUUGCGGAUGAAGGGGCCAUUCGGAGGUCGGCUUCACUGUCGCGUCUCGAAAAGCCACUUCCUCGUGAACCGGCAUUUCGUGAGGAAAAUGUCCUUUCAAACGGAGACGGAACACUGCGUUCAGCGUUCACUUUGCGGACUCCUUCUCCUGGACCCCCUUUGACAGCUGAACUCUCAACCAUCAUGGAGGCGGACAGUUCAGGGGUGUCGAAAAUUGCUCAAUCAAGGCCGUCUUCGCCCAGCCGACACUUCCUACAUCCACACAGUAACCACGGUUCUCUGUCUGUUAGGGCAGGCCAGCGGCAUCUUCAACACUCUGACUCGGUCGAAUUUGAUACGUCUGCCCUAAACUUAUCUGCGACGGACGUGGAAAAUCAAGUUCGCGAUGCCUUGAGGAAGAGUGCUUCGUCAUCACGUUCUGGACAGGAAUGGCUGAAGGCAGACAAAGCCGUGGUUGUUAUCGAUGCUGAUGAACACCCUGAGGCAGCAAAUCAGACAUUCAACCCUGAUACAGUCGAUGCUGAUCUCUUGGCCCUUUUGAGCCCAUAUUCCGCAUCCAAGAAUUCCUCAUCAAAAUCACUGAGCCACACCCCUGACCACCGUCGAAGACCAUCUUUAUCGCCAACUACACCUACCUUUCCUCCAUCGCCGGGUUCUCGCCAUUCCAGAGCUCAGCAGUCGGCUUCCUUGUUGCCCAAACUACGUUCAUCGCCUUCCCCCUCCCCCACCUCUCCAUGGUUUCCUUCACUUUCUCCCGCUACGCCGUCAGGGAAAAAUGCAACCAGCACAACGCCGAAAGUGACCCCCGAAAAAAUAAACACCAAUGUACCCAAACCUACCAUCACUGCACAUGAUACACCACCUGCAUCCCCCUCUCCCUCCUUAAGCUCCGCUCCUACUUCAACACCUGCUCCUCGCCGAACACUGCCGCCACCUCGCUCACCCAGCAUGUUUAGCCAACCUUCAUUGCGAGCAACAAAUCUUUUUGGCAAUCGAAAUCGCAGUACAGAAGAUAAAACGCCACAAGGAAAGGAAACUCCCGUUACCUCCCGUCUAGCGACGCGAACGCUUAGACAAGUCAUGCUCGGAAGUGGUGGCAGCGGCCGCUCCAAGGACAGUCCAUCCAGUACUGGUGAUUCGUCAUCGCCAUUACAACAGGUGGUGACACCGCCGAGCCGUGGGUCGCUGGACUCUCGACGUCCGCUUCCUGGUCCUUCGUUAGGACGAGAAAUCGGGCUUGGACGUCCUUCAUUAGACAGGCGCCGAACUUCGCUUGAAGGCAGGACACGACCUCACAUUUCGCGCAGGUCCGCGUCCCCUGAACACCCUGAACGGAGGAUGACAGAAGCUGAGAUAUCACCAUCAAGAGAAACCGAAGAUCGUCCGUUUGAAGUUGCCGGUUCGCGGGUAAAGGGCGACUCGACACAUCUACCUAGCUCUGUACAACGUUUGCGAGAACGCGAAAGGGAGAGAGAAAGGGAAAGAGAACGGACACCCUCUCUGAGAGUCACGGGUAGCUCAGGAGAUACUGCACUGUCCAUUCCUCGCGUCACUGGGGUCCCUCCGCGUGCAAGGAAGCGUAGCAUGAGCGUUCAAGAACAGUUGAAUGAAGGGCGAUAUGUCAAUACGAUGAUGACGGAUAACAGUGCUUAUGGUUCAUGGAUAUCUCGGCCUGGAAGUAGCGCGUCCGCUCAUACAAGCCCGAAGAUGUUUCGCGAUGAUGAUGGGGUUGAAAGCAGAUACGAGAGACCAGCGAGCAGUGGGAGCGGGGCGGGUCCGAAGAUGGAGUGGUUGGGACCGAGAACGGCAAAGGCUUUCAAGGCUGCAGGACUCCUCGACUUCGAACGCGACCGCAGCAAGGAGAAGGAGAAGUCUGGAGGAGAAAGCAGUUUCGGUCGCUUACGCGACAGAACUCGAAGCAACAGCGUAAGUGUUGCACCCUCACCCUCACCCCUCUCUAGUAGCGCCAGGUACAAUGGCGCUCGAAGCGCAUCCGAAUACAAUUACAACCCUGGCCACAGCCGUGCUCAAUCCCGCAUGGCGUACUCUGAAGUCGGUGGUGUUACUUCAGGACGUAGAGGCAGCGAGUCCUUUGGAGGAAGCAGUUAUGGUGGCGGAUCAUCACCAUAUAACCAUCAAGGGCUCAUGGAGAGUCCAACGUUCACUGUAUCAAGCUCCAGCAGAGACCGGGAUACACCCAAGUCGGUGUCGACGGCGCCAACUAGUCUUGCAGAGUCGUUUGGGUACCUCGGGCGUGAUAGGGACAGGUUGGAUCGGGAGAGGGAGAGGGAGCGUGAGGAAGUUCGAGACUUGAAGGAGAAGCAUGGAACGGAAAUGGCGGCCUUGUUGAAUGCUCUAUCCGACAGUCAACGGACGGUGCGCCUACUUCGGGAAGAGAAUUCACAACUUCGGGAUCGUCUUGAGCAUGCCUCGGUCCUUGUACAGCAAAAUAAUGACCUCCGCCAUGCGUUCGAUUCUGUUGAGAGGGAGUGUGCUGCGCUGCGGAGAGAAUUGGCGGCCCUCAGGGCUAUCAAAGUGCCUGGUCUUUCUCCGAGCUGGAGUGGAAGCAGCAUUGGCACAACCAGCGGGUUCAGGACCCCCAUUCCAAAAACCGGCAACAGCAGCCCUCUCGCAAUGGAUUCUACGCCCAGCUUCAUCCGUCAAGACGAAGAGCAAGAACCAGAAGACGACCAAGAGGAUGCUUAUAACAAUACUGUCAUCAUUCAUCACAGCAUUGAUAACCAACCUGAAUGCGCAACCCCUGAGUUCGAACCUAAUGCGGACGAUACAGCUGGCGACUUUUUACCCCCAACUUCGACGCCUUCUAUCAAAAGGCGGCGAAGUGAUACCUCUUCAAUCUUCCCAAUACCACCUUCUAAUAUGACCAUGCUUUUGCACGACGAUACGAACUAUAGCAUGGACAGUAGGAGCAUUGUUGACCAGUCGCAAUAUGCUUUUGCGCCCGCGAACUCCCAGCAAAUGCAAAGAUCCAUGGCCACCCCUCGGGCAAUACCACGCCCACGGGGAAGCGGAACUAAUGCCCUUGCAACAUCUCAGUCGUCGUCCUAUUCUGGGCCUGGACACGUGAAUAACAAGUCUAUCACGUCUACGACGAGCAUAUCUCCCACUAUAGCCAACUUUUCCAUGGUCACCGGAAGCCCAGGGAGCUUGUUUUUAAGACCGGAGCACGAAAUUCUGCUGGGUGACAUGGAGUCUCUCGAUCUAGGUGUGCCUUCAGGGCCUGAGAGUGAACCCGGUCGAGCGUCGGGUGAUGAUGCCUGGUGA